GCCCCGCCUUAAUUCCCGGGCCUGGCCCGCUGGCUGGCUGUCUCGCGCUGCUUGUUGCUUUGCUUCGCUUUUGCAAACCGUGCAUCGCCUUUGCAGCAGCAGCAGCUUCGGAAGCAAGCCCCAAAUGAGCGAGCUGAGGCAGAGAGCGGGCCGAGAUGCCGACGGGCAGCAGGACUCCGAGGGGAAGGAUUCGGAGGUGGAGAGCAAGGUGGAUGGCGGGGGCGAAACAGCCUCGGACAGCGAGAGCAAGGCGGGGCCAGCCCCCCCGGCCCCCGUAGAUGACACCCCCGAGGUCCUCAACAGGGCCCUCUCCAACAUGUCCUCCAGGUGGAAGAACUGGUGGGUGAGAGGCAUCCUGACCCUGGCGAUGAUCGUCUUCUUCUUCAUCAUCAUCUACUUGGGGCCCAUGGUGCUGAUGAUGAUUGUGAUGUGCGUCCAGAUCAAGUGCUUCCAUGAAAUCAUCACCAUCGGCUACAACGUCUACCAUUCCUAUGAACUGCCUUGGUUCCGGACGCUCAGCUGGUACUUCCUGCUGUGCGUGAACUACUUCUUCUAUGGGGAGACGGUGACAGACUACUUCUUCACGCUGGUGCAGCGCGAGGAGCCAUUGAGGAUCCUGAGCAAGUACCAUCGCUUCAUCUCCUUCGCCCUUUACCUGACAGGUUUCUGCAUGUUCGUCUUGAGUCUGGUCAAAAAGCAUUAUCGGCUCCAGUUCUACAUGUUUGGCUGGACCCACGUGACUUUGCUCAUAGUGGUCACCCAGUCGCACCUCAUCAUUCACAACCUCUUUGAAGGAAUGAUCUGGUUCAUCGUCCCAAUUUCUUGUGUCAUUUGCAACGACAUCAUGGCCUACAUGUUUGGGUUCUUCUUCGGACGCACUCCGCUGAUUAAGCUGUCUCCGAAAAAGACCUGGGAAGGUUUCAUUGGCGGCUUCUUUGCCACCGUGGUUUUUGGCCUUUUGCUCUCAUACGUCAUGUCGGGCUACCGGUGCUUCACGUGUCCUGUGGAGUUCAACAACGACAGCAACAGUUUCACCGUGGACUGCCAGCCCUCCGAGCUCUUCCAGCUGCAGGACUACAACGUCCCCAUGGUGCUCCAGUCCCUCAUCGGAUGGAAAACGGUCCGGAUGUAUCCCUUCCAGAUCCACAGCAUCGCGCUCUCCACGUUCGCCUCCCUCAUUGGCCCCUUUGGUGGUUUUUUUGCCAGCGGCUUUAAAAGAGCGUUCAAGAUCAAGGACUUUGCCAACACCAUCCCGGGGCAUGGCGGCAUCAUGGACCGCUUUGACUGUCAAUAUCUGAUGGCCACCUUUGUCAACGUCUACAUCGCCAGCUUCAUCAGGGGCCCGAACCCCAGCAAGCUCAUCCAGCAGCUGCUGACCCUCCGGCCGGAGCAGCAACUGAGCAUCUUCAACACGCUGAAGGCCCACUUGGUGGACGAGGGGGUCCUGGCCGCACCCGAGGAAGCCUGAGCAGCCAUGGAAGCCAGCCAACUGGCCACAGCCAGCGCCACCGCCAGCCCAAUGGGACCGACCCUCUCUCCCAUCGUCCCCAGCAGACCCUUCCUCAGCUUGCCUGGCUUAGGACAGUCACCAGCCAGCUGCUCCCGCGUCUUCCCUUUUUUCCCACUCAAGAAAAAGGUUCUUUCCAAACCAUCCGUUUCUCCACCUGGCAUCCGGUCGCAGAGGAAAGACAGCAGGGUUGAGUACUGUAGGGCCCAUCGUCCCCAAGCAAGAGUGGGUGUCUCCUCCUCUUGUGUUUGUAUCUAAGAAGCCACAUCUCUUUCUUUUCCUUUAUAAUCGAAGGAGGUGGAUCUCCGACUCUUUAUUUUGGAGCGUGUAGGUCUGCAAAAGGACCGCAACUCCCAUCGUCCCCACGUCACUGAGCGGCCAAAGCAGAGCAAAAUUUCAUUUGACGCUUUUUGCCGCGUCUUGGGGUUCAAAGCCGGCAUUUCGUUUUGCCCCUUGCAGAGCAUAUGCUCCCCAUUGCUUCCGGAGUGAGACAAUCCAGGAGAUUGACAGCUGUCAGUCAAGGAAAAACUCAAUGCUGUUUAGUUCUUACAGCGCAUCAGAUCCCCCAGCAAGGUUAGGGAAAUGUUCCAGGAGAUGGACGGCUGUCAAUCAAUCAAAAAUUAAUGGAUUUGAUCUCUGACUGAGUCAGUGCAGAGGUCCAGGGGAUUGACAGCUGUCAGUCAAGGAAAAAAAUCAAUGCUGUUUGGCCCUUACAGCGCAUCAGAUCCCCCAGCAACGUUAGGGAAAUGUUCCAGGAGAUGGACAGCUGUCAAUCAACAAAAAAUGAAUAGAUUUGGCCUCUGACAGUGCAGAGGUCCAGGGGAUUGACAGCUGUCAAUCAAGCAAAAUUCAUUGGCUGUUGAUAUGCUCUUUGAGCCUAAACUCCAUGAGUAUGCUUAGUGCAAAGGUCUGGGAGAUGGACAGCUGUCAAUCAAAAAUUAAUGGAUUUGGCCUUUGGUGUUCAAAGUUUUCCCAACAUGGUCAGUGCAAAGGUCUGGGAGAUUGGCAGCUGUCAAUCAAGCAAAAAUCAAUGGCCAUGCUAUUUGCGUCUUCACGGAACGUAUGUCCUCCUCAGUAUGAUUAGUUAGUGCAAAGCUCUGGGAGAUUGGCAGCUGUCAAUCAAGCAAAUAUCAAUGGCCAUGCUAUUUGCGUCUUCACGGAGCAUAUGCCCUCCUCAGUGUGAUUAGUUACUGUAAAGGUCUGGGAGAUUGGCAGCUGUCAGUCAAGCAAAAAACCCAAUGUUAUUUGCUUCUUGCGGGACAUAAACUCCCCAUCGCCUCGUGAGUCAGAUAAUUGACAGCUGUCAGUCAAGUCACAUCCUAUUGCUGCUGGCAUACUACCAUUUUAAAAACACUUGUUGCAUUUAAUGCGGUUUGACACUACUUCUACAGCUCAGUGCUAUGGGAUCAUGGGUGAGAAAAGUUUGGUGAGAAAAGGCCGAAGACCUUGGGAAACUACAGCUCCCAAGCUCCCAUAGCAUUGAGCUAUGGAAGUAGUGCCAAACCGCAUUCAUUCUGCAGUGUAGAUGCACCGAGCGACAGUAAUAUAGAGUGCAGGACACACAAUUUUCUCUUUCUCUCUAUCCGUAUAUAUAUAUAUAUCGAUCGAUCUCUAUAUCUCCCAACACACUUUGUGCCACUGUGUUCUUCUUCUCUUCCUCCUUGACAUUCGGCGUAUUCGUUCCAAGCCAAACCGCCCGCUUCUUUCUCUGUGCGUUGUCUUGGGUUUAUUUUUUUUAUGUUUAUGACUUUUUCUUUCCUCCUGUUCCCGUUACGGCAAAGAUACGCAAUAGUCUUGCCUGCCUCCUCCGGGUUUGGUUCUAUUGUUUUGACUGUCAGAAUGUGAAAUAUUGUACAAAGGUAUUUUACCCUAUUUAUAUACUGUAAUGUUAUGGUUCAAUAAAAAAUGUCCCGACAAGAAAAA